AUGGCAGGUGGUGUCGUCCUCCUCUCCCUCUCUCUUCCUCCCUUCCUCCAUCUAUCCCACACUCUCUGCCUCACUACCCUCUUUCCCCUUUCUGUUGCCCGUUCUCCCUCCCUUCCUCCCGCCCUCCCUUCCUGCCAUUCUCCCUCUCCUCAUCCUCCCUCGAUCCAGUCCUCCUUUCCCUUUCCAUUUCCCACUCGCCCACUCCCUUCCUCACGCCAACCCUGCUCCUCCGUUCCACCCAUCCUCUCAUCCGCCUAUCCUCUCAUCCGCCCAUCCUCUCAUCCGCCUAUCCUCUCAUCCGCCCAUCCUCUCAUCCGCCUAUCCUCUCAUCCGCCCAUCCUCUCAUCCGCCCAUCAUCUCAUCCGCCCAUCCUCUCAUCCGCCCAUCCUCUCAUCCGCCCAUCCUCUCAUCCGCCCAUCCUCUCACCCGCCCAUCCUCUCAUCCUCCCUCCCCUCCCAACCCUCUGUCUCCUCCCUCACCUCCUCUCCUUCGUCACCACCUCUCCUCCCUCUUCGCCUCCCAUUCCACAUCUCCGCUGUGCAGAUUGUGGCAUCAGCACCCGGGUUUCAAGAGAGUUUCUGUCCCCUCUUGUUCCCAUCCCUCCAAUCCUUAGCUCCUCUUCACCCCAUCUCCUCCCUUCCCUCGAACAAGCUCGCUCAUUCCCCUCCCGUCACCCACGCACGCACCCUCCCCUCGACCUACAAGUCGUUCUCCGAUUCCGUCGCAUACGCGUUCAUUUCCCCUUCCCUCAUCUCCAAAUUCCUCAUCUCCCCUUCCCUCAUCUCCCCAUCCCUCAUCUCCCCAUUCCGCCUCACCCCAUUCCGCCCCACCCCAUUCCGCCCCACCCCUUUCUGCCCCACCCCAUUCCGCCCCACCCCUUUCUGCCCCACCCCAUUCCGCCAUGCCAUCCUACUUCUCAUCCCCUUUUCCUCGUUUCCCCAUCCCUCGUUCCCCAAUCCCAUCAUUCCCCGUGCCAACUUUCACCAUUCCACCAUACAGUUUGCUCUGCAUCUGGUGGUGAUGUGA